CGCCUGUGGAGUAAUACACUUUACUCGACCCGCACACUGACGCCGCAAUUUGUUUUGGACGCGCGGAAUAUUACUUUUUAAUCCUCCUGCAACGAAAAAGCGACGUUUUUACACAUUUUGGACUUUCGAGAGAGCAAUUUUUUUGACAACGCAUCCAGCUUUUGGCUCUCUCCCACUGACAUUUCCAGGAGUUUUCCCUGUAUUUCAUUAACUUUCUCAGAGGAAAAAGCCACCAUGGCAGAGACGUCGUCCGCUCCAUCCAAAGCCAAGCGGGCAGCCAAACCCAAAAAGCCCGCUUCUCAUCCCAAGUACUCGGACAUGAUUAAAGCGGCUAUUGUGCACGACGCCAGCCGGAGCGGAGCGUCCCGUCAGUCCAUCCAGAAGUACGUGAGGAAGAACUACAAAGUGGGCGACAACGCCGACGUGCAGAUCAAAAUGGCCCUGAAGAGGCUGGUGGCGUCCGGGAUGCUGCGCCACACCAAAGGCAUCGGCGCGUCCGGCUCCUUCAGGCUCACCAAGCCGGAGGACUCCUCCAAGAAGCCGGCCAAGGCGGCCGCGGCGGUGGCCGCCAAGCCCAAGAAAGUGGCCAAAGCCAAACCCAAGAAGGCGGCCAAGCCCAAGAAGGUCACCAAGACGCCGGAGAAGCCCAAGAAGGCGGCGGCGAAGAAAGUGAAAAAGGUCGCGAAGAAGGCGACCCCGGCGAAAGCCAAGAAGGCUCCGGCCAAGAAGCCCAAGGCGGCCAAGCCCAAGGCGAAACCCGUGAAGAAAGCUGCCAAACCCAAGGCAAAGACACCGAAGAAGGCAGCCAAGUCAUCAAAGAAGAAGUGAAAGGACAUUAAGAAACUAAACUGACUGUAAAUACUUGAGGAAAAAUGUUUUCGUAUAUGUAUUAUUUUUGUAAGGUCUCAUGAAAAUGUCAGCUGUUUGUACCUGUAGUUUUCUCUCCAUUGAAAUACAACAUUAAUAAGCUGUAGAAACAAUUGUGAACAUUUUUUUAAACUCCCUUAAUGAAACUGUUAUUACCUGUCUGAUGUUUGAACCCAUAGGAACAGGAAACGUGUAUAUAAACAAACUAAUAGUCAUUGUUAGUGCACGUGUUUAUAUUAAAAACAAAUACUUUGAGCAUUGUGGAGCCUUUACACCAUCUACAUUUAUUUCUCUAAAGGCUCCAAAGUCCUCAUUUUAACUGCAUUCUGCCUUUAUAUAUACAGUAUAUAUACUUUUAUUUUCAUACAACUCAUCCUGAUGUGUUCAGACACUUGUUAUUCAAUAAAACUUUGCCAUCUUAAAA